AUGAUGUUUAAAUUGUGUGCUCUCUUAUUAGUUUUACUUAAUUCCGAUUCUUUGAGUAAAGCCCAGGAUUGUAGAACUUAUGGCCAAUCAUGUUCAGAUGAUUAUAUUUGUUGUGGUGGAUGUUGUUUGAAAGGAAUAUGCAAAGACGCAUAUAUGGAUUGUCGAAAAUUUUCUGUGGAAGACCCAUGCUUAAAUCGGUACUGUCCUGACGAUCAAGUUUGUUACACGUAUAAACCACCAGGUUGUAAGGGAUGUGGUCCUUUGGUUGAAUGCCGUACAAUACCAAUACCUAAAGAAAUAAAACAUAACAAGACUUUGACACAUUAUCAUUUUUUAAAUAAUUCUUCUCAUCAGUUGCCAACUUUGGGAGUUUCUGUUUUAUGUUUGUUGGUAGGUGCUGUAUUAUGGGUUUGUUAA